UUAUUACAAAACUAAUUAUGCACUAAGCCUUAGGUGACAAUUUAUAGUUUUGAAAUAUUAGACGUGAGUUUUCAAAAAUAUAAUGUGUAUUUUCUCUAUUAUUAUGUCAUUAAAAAUGUAGUUUGUUUUAAAGAAGUGGUGAGGCCUAGUUCCGGUAACAAUAACUGAUAUUUUAAUGUACGAAAAUCAUGCUAUAUACACAUAUGUUUAUUCAAUCAUAGCAAUCCAUAUUGCAUGCUAAAUUAACGGACAACUGAUCGGUGGAAUUACUCCUAAAUUUAUCAGCGUAAAACACACCCAGGCAAUUAAUCCCGUUUGCAAACAGUUUGUUAAAUAUUCCACUUUGAAACUCGGCAAGGCAAUUAGGCAAAUGUGAUUGGGUAAACUCUGCAUGAGAUCGAGUUAAUUAAGUGGCAACACCACGAAGCUCAGCUCCCCACGACACAUGCAACCGCACCACGUGCGAGCAAAAGUUGCUACUACCCAAGCGCUUCCUGGGUUUCCUCUUUCAAGUUGCAAAACUCGUCAGAUUACUUGUUACCCUCUCUCUCUCUCUCUCUCUGAUGAAAGGUGAUGUGAUUAGUGUGGGUAAUAAUAAUGACUCAGCUUUCCUGAGCAAUGUAAUGAAGAAGCAAGAGAAUCACAGAAACCACUUUAGUAGAGAUGUCACGCUUGGGAGGUGAUCUUUGGACUGAUGGACUUAUUUGUGCUUUUGAGUUUGUUCGAGGCCAUGGGAAGAUCCAGCUAGCACAAGGUGAAGAUGCUAUUAGAGAGGCGGCAAAGAGGCAGGUGUCAUCAAAUGAACUAAAUAAUUGUCUACCCCUAAAGGAGGAGAAAGUUUGUAAAUCUUCACCCCAAUUAAAAUAUGGAACUGGCGAUACAGAUAUGCUUGAUGAUCAUAGUUAUAGCCGGGACAAUCACUCAGGCCAUUUCCGUGAGAAGAAAGACUUUCCAAGAAGUUACUGGAUACCAAUAGGCUGGGCUAGAAUUACUGAACUUAUCCAGAAAGUACAAGCUUGUGCUGACUGGGCCUCACAGUCGGUCGGCUUCUUAGAUGAUGAAGAUGAUGUCACUGUUGCAGACGUGGCAACUCCUUACUGGGAACGGGCGGCGGGGCCCACUUGGUGGUGUCAUGUAGCAGCAGGUCAUCCAAACAUCAAUGAAUGGUUGAGUAAUGCUCAGUGGUUGCAUCCUGCUAUCAGUAUUGCUUUGCGAGACGAAAGUAGGCUGAUAAGCGAGCGAAUGAAGUACAUUCUCUAUGAGGUUCCUGUUAGAGUUGCUGGGGGGCUAUUAUUUGAGCUCCUGGGCCAAUCAGCUGGAGAUCCAUUUGUUGAGGAAGAUGACAUCCCCAUUGUUCUUCGAUCAUGGUUGGCACAAAACUUUCUAGUAACGGCAUUGCAUGUCAAAGGGUCAGCAUCAAAUAUUAAUGUGCUAGGUAUUGCAGAAGUCCAGGAAAUGCUUGCUGCUGGAGGUACAAAUAUGCCCAGAACUGCUCAUGAAGUCAUAGCACAUCUAGCUUGCCGCCUUGCCCGAUGGGAUGAUAGGUUAUUUCGCAAAAAUAUAUUUGGAGCUGCAGAUGAAGUUGAGUUGAAGUUUAUGGACAGGAGAAACCAUGAAGAUAUGCAUCUAUUCAGUGUAAUUCUGAAUCAGGAGAUCAGAAGGUUAUCAACCCAGGUUAUCAGAGUGAAAUGGUCACUCCAUGCAAGAGAGGAAAUUGUAUUUGAGCUUCUUCAACAUUUGAGUGGGAAUACGACAAGGGACUUACUAGAAGGAAUAAGAAAGAGUACUAGGGAUAUGAUUCAAGAGCAAGAAGCAGUUCGUGGUCGAUUAUUCACAAUUCAAGAUGUCAUGCAGAGCACAGUUCGCGCAUGGUUGCAGGACAAAAGCCUCACAGUAACACAUAACUUGGGAGUUUUUGGCGGAUGUGGCCUUGUUCUUUCCAUUGUCACCGGACUUUUUGGGAUCAAUGUGGAUGGCAUUCCUGGAGCUGAAGGGUCACCAUUAGCAUUUCUUAUGUUUUCUGCAAUCCUCGUCUUGCUAGGAAUCGUGUUAAUUGCAGUUGGGUUGAUCUACCUUGGGUUAAGAAAACCUAUUAUGGAAGAGGAUGUUCAAGUAAGAAAAUUAGAGCUCCAAGAGCUGGUUAGGAUGUUUCAGCAAGAAGCAGAAUCCCAUGCACAAGUUCGAAUUACUGUUCCUCGAACCAAUAUGCCUCCAACUGCUGCAGAUCUUUGGACCGCCGGACCGGCAACGGGUUACCUGCAAAAUGGAGAAAAUAGUUACUAGAAGUCCAUCGGUCCCCAUAAGACCAAGACGCUCUUUUGCUUAAGUUAGUAAAGGCUCUUUGAGAAAAUUGAAUAGUGGACAUGGGAGAGGAGAGAAUGAACAUAAUCACUACUUGGAGCUGUAUCCCUUUUUUUAUGGGAGAUGCUCCAGUCUAAUAUGGUAGUCUUGAUACCAAUAAGGUGUGAUUUUCCUUGUAGAGUGAUUUACCAUGUGGAUGUUAUUAACUAUUAAUGGCCAUGUAGGUGUACAGUUUUCAUGUGGAGAAAAUUUUGAGAUUGUUUUCCUAUGAUAGCGGGAUUAUCUUCCGUGUAAAGGCUGCUUGAGAGGGGUCUACCUAUAAUUUAAAGACACGUCAUUCUUAGAGAUUGAUUUGUAGAAAAUUUUUGCCCAAGAUUGUUGUCGUAGUCAUUGGCAAUUGAGCAAUAGUUUUGUUAGAACAAUGAAUUUGCUCCAAUAUUUAUGUUAAAUUUAUUUGGUGUACAAUCUAACAAUGUGGUCCAAGAGUGUCGAGGGAUGGAGCCAAUUGAGCAUGGAUG